GUAACAUCACAGGGAUUUCCUGCUGUUGUGGGGGCGAAAGGACUAAGCUCUAUAUAAGGAGGAGACCGUAGGGAAGAUCCCACAUCACUUUUGGGACAAGCGAUCAGCAAACAGCACCGUGCCCCACUGGGCCUCUCUCAUUCUGCAACCCAGCAUUUAACCCGAGCUGCAUUGGAUCGUUCAGUGGACAUGGAACAGCCGUCGCUGCAGCCCCGGAAGUGAGAGACCAGACGUGGCAGAAACUCAGCAGCAUCUGCAGAGAGAACUCAUCUGGAGAAUUACUCUUGGCUGAAGUGAACGUGCUCCAGAGGCGCAAAGAUGAGUUGCCAGGAAAUAUUCGUGAGCAGCAUGACACCAACAGGAAUAACGUGCUAUAUUGUUAAAGCAAGUUACUUUUCCAGUAACCACACACCCCUAACUGGAGAAAAGAGAAAAACUGCAGAAGCCUCAAAGCAGAAAGCAAUGGAGAUUCUGCGGGAUGCCCUGAAGAAGAAGGACCGAGUGCUGUUGGAGGAGCCCCAGGAUCUGGUUUUCGGUGAUAGCAGACAUCCCAAAUUCUGGAUGGAACGCCAUGCGAUACUGACAGAAGAGUUAGUUCGAGGCCUCAUCUCAGAGCUGGAAGUUGUGAAGUUUAUGGAGGAUCGAACCAAUGAAAAAUGGGUUGCAUAUGUUUAUCCAAUGACUGGAGACAAAACAGUGUAUUUGUGCAAGCCAUUCUGGGAGCUUUCUACAGAUCUUAGAGAAAACUCUCAGCCAGGGACUCUUAUCCAUGAAGCGUCUCACUUCCUGGGGACACAUGAUAUCACCUAUUCCAAGGAGAGUAUCUAUGUUGCCUGCAGAGGGAAGUUGGUAAAAAGCAAAUCAGACCCCAGUGCCCCAGAUCUGAAACCCCUUGCGAAAGCAGUAUUAAAUGCUAACAACAUCAAGUAUGAAUUUGAAAUUACCCUAAAUCACAAAGGAAGAUACGAGAAUGGACGAUACUCCUGCUGUGGGGAAAAAGCCGAGAACUCAGUUUGUGAGAGCGCUGUGCCUGAGGAGUUUCUUGCCUGCAAUUUCAGGGACAGUUCUCUAGGAAAGACGAUCAAUGAAGUGGUGCAGUCAUUACUGAGGGCAAGAGACAGAUUGCAGAAACAUUUCCAUGAGCUUCGGGAAACUGCAGAUGCUAUUGACACGGUCCACAAAAGAGCGACAAUAGCAAACGUUGCUGGAGGGGCAGUGGGAAUUGCCGGGGGGAUAACGACCAUCGCAGGCGUCUGUCUCGCUCCUUUUACAUUUGGAGCAUCUCUGAGUCUCUCUCUUGUAGGGCUUGCUGCUUCUACAGCAGGGGGACUGACCAGUGCAGUCGCAACCACCACAGAUAUGGUGGCAAGUAAAGCCAAGAAGGAGACAGUAGAGAAACUCUUACAGGAGUGUCAGGCCGAGCUGGGAAACAUCAAAAAGGAUACAGAAAUCAUCUGUGAACAUAUACAAUUCUUGGAAAGUUAUGGAAACAGUGAUUUUAUGUUUCCAUUUGCACAGAUAGGGGCAGGGGCAGGACGAGCUGCUCUUAACAUCCCGAAAAUGGUCAAAGCUGGUCAGCUCCUGGCUAAUGCUGGUAAAGUUGCAAGAUUUGCUGGAGCUGCUACCCGCAUUCUAACAGUUGUCACCCUGGGGUUAGAUGUUUUCUUUGUAGCAAAGGAUUCUGCGGAACUCCAUAAUGGUGCAAAAACAGAGCUGGCAGCUAACAUCCGAGAAGCCGUCAAUGAAAUGGAGCAAGUGAUUGGCGAAGUCAACGAAAUGUGCACGGCCCUAACCGCAGGUACACAAAAGUGAAUAUUGGGCAAAAAUCAGCGGCUCAGUCCUGCAAGAUGCUGAACGUCCAUCCCCACUGCCUUCCACAGGGAUUGGAGGGAUUCAGCACCCCACAUCAUCCUGCACUUAUGCCUAGAAAAAGUGACGUUCCUACAGAAUAUCCCCACUCCCAGAUCCCACUCUUUUUAUUUAUGCACACUCAUGAUUAUUACAUUUUACACAUAUUAAAACCAGUCCUAAAAUUAGUCACCGAAUUUCUUAGUAGCAGCUGUAGUUAAAGAUUUUUUCCACAAUUAAAAUGGUAACAGGGGUUGUCAUAAAUAUAAAGGGAAGGGUAAACACCUUUAAAAUCCCUCCUGGCCAGAGGAAAAACCCUUUCACCUGUAAAGGGUUAAGAAGCUAGGAUAACCUCACUGGCACCUGACCACAAUGACCAAUGAGGAGACAAGAUACUUUCAAAGCUGGAGGAGGGGAGAAACAAAGGGUCUGGGUCUGUCCGUGUGAUGCUUUUGCCAGGAACAGAAAGGAAUGGAGUCUUACAACUUAGUAAGCAAUCUAGCUAGAUAUGCGUUAGAUUAUGAUUUCUUUAAAUGGCUGAGAAAUUAAGCUGUGCUGAAUGGAAUGGAUAUUCCUGUCUUUGUGUCUUUUUGUAACUUAAGGUUUUGCCUAGAUUGAUUCUCUAUGUUUUGAAUCUAAUUACCCUGUAAGGUAUUUAAAAUCCUGAUUUUAUAGAGGUGAUUCUUUUUACUUUUUCUUCCAUUAAAAUUCUUCUUUU